AGUUCCCACUUGCAUACCGUGUGUGUAUCGCUCGCGGACUGCACAGCAGUAUUUUUUCUCUCGCCCUUUCUUGCGGCCAAAUUUAUCCUCGCGGAUUUCUUUUUCUCGGUGGAGCGGAUUACCGUCAAGGAUUUCGUCGCGUGAAUUUCGUUCCCUGUGGUGCAGCCAGCUCCGGAUUACGCGCUGGGUGUUGGCGCUAGUGUUCCAAAUCCGGUUUUUCAUCAACCGGGGUGGGAUUGCUGUGUGAGCAGGUUACCCGAUAGUAGUGGCAGUAAACAUCAUCAGCGCCAAAGUACGGGCCUAAUCAUCGUCAGGACGACUGGUUUCCUGUGCGACUGCAACAGUGUUGUGAAGCGCAGUGCUACUGCCGAAAAAACAAAACAAAAACGGUGCUCGAACGCAUCAAGCAUGUAUUAAGGUACACACAGUGAUUCAAACAGUUGAAAAAUAAGGGGGUUUCUUAGUGUGAACGAAAGACAGUUGCGGAGCAGCGGGGAGUUAGGUGUUUGAAAAACAAGAAAAAAAAACGGAAGAGGACAACAGAUAAGUGAGUGAGACGGCUGCAGCUAGUCGUGCCUAGCCAAGUAGAGCCGGAACUGAGCCGAGCUCAAGUUAUGGAUCCGGCAGUCGCUUGGUUUCAGGAAGAGCAGGAAGGACCCGCGAAACGUAUGUGGAUGGGCAUUUGGGAGACCAUGGCUGAGUUGGAUCCUCCGUUGACUGUCCCGGUAGAAAAUCAGAAACCGCAGCGUGCCGGGACGGAUAAACCCAAUCGGAACGUUGGUGGGGAAAAUCGUCUGAUUGGCGGUAAUGGCAGCGGCGGAGGUGGUGGUGUUGUAGGUGGCGGCGGAGGCGUCGGCAGUACUGACGAUUCACAACAUCAUCAUCCGAAUCUUCAUCAUCUUCAUCAUCAUCAUGGUAACGCGUUAAGUGAAAAUAAUAAUAAUAGCAACAAUGGUGGCAACGGAAAUGGGAACAACGGCAACAACACACCUACGGGUGGCGGAGGUGGCACUAUUCUAGUCAACAACAAUAACAACAACAACAACGAGAAGAACUUCAAUCCGACCCGGAAGAAAGCCGGCAGUACCGUGGACAAUAAGGCCAGCACAUACAACAUGAAUAAACAGCAUGCGCGGUUGAUUGGAAUUCACGGCGGUUGCCCAUGGCGUCCACCGACCUUCAAGUACGGAAGAGGAAUCAUUGGGUUGCACGAGGAGAUUGAGCAGUUUUACGCCCACAUGAUACCGACGCCGACUGAGCAUGCGCUAAGGGUGCAGGUGGUCGCCCGGAUAGAAGCUAUCGUAUUGAAUCUCUGGCCGAUGGCCCGGGUGGAGAUGUUUGGUUCGUUCCGUACCGGGCUCUACCUUCCUACGAGUGAUAUUGAUCUGGUUGUUAUUGGACGUUGGGAAAAGUUGCCGUUGCGAACGCUGGAAAACGAGCUCAUCAACCGGGGUAUUGCCGAACCGAUGUCGGUACGCGUUCUGGACAAAGCCUCGGUGCCUAUCGUUAAGCUGACUGAUCGGGAAACGCAGGUCAAGGUGGACAUCUCGUUUAACAUGCAGUCCGGCGUACAGUCGGCCGAAUUGAUCAAGGAUUUCAAACGCAAGUACCCGGUGCUGGCCAAGCUGGUGCUGGUGCUGAAACAGUUCCUGCUGCAGCGCGAUCUGAACGAGGUGUUCACCGGGGGUAUAUCGUCCUACUCGCUGAUUCUGAUGUGCAUCAGCUUCCUGCAGCUCCAUCCACGGGCCAAUUCGAAUCAGACCACCAACCUGGGCGUGCUGCUGCUGGAAUUUCUCGAACUGUAUGGUAGAAAGUUCAACUACAUGAAGACUGGAAUUAGCGUUAAAAAUGGCGGCCGAUAUAUACCCAAAGAGGAGCUCCAGCGAGAGAUGAUCGAUGGUCACCGGCCUAGUCUGCUGUGCAUUGAGGACCCCUUGACACCGGGCAAUGACAUUGGGCGAUCAUCUUACGGGGCUCUGCAAGUUAAGCAAGCGUUCGAGUAUGCGUACAUAGUGCUGAUGCAAGCUGUCUCUCCGCUCAACAAAUUCCUCAACGACUGCAACCGGCAAAGUAUCCUGGGGAGAAUUAUCCGAGUAACGGACGAGGUCAUCGAUUACCGCAAAUGGAUAAAGGAAACGUUCGAAUCAAGACUGAUAGCGACGCAGACAAUUGUGCCGACAAUAUUGAACGAUCCACAGAAUCCGCAUAUUCCGUUGCACCUACAACCACCGCAACAGCAGCCACCCCAUCACCAGAUAAUCUACACUCGACGGCGCAACAGUUUAUCCAGUGUUGAUACCUCUGAGGAGAGUAUGGACAGUGAUGGUGAUUCGAAUUCCGUAUCGAGAGAUAUUUCUCCGACCAGUAUAAACCGGUCUCCGGAGAUAGUUCAUGAGAUGCAGCACCCGAACGGUACUGGCGGCACGGUGGUUGUCCUCACCUCGCAUAUUCCGCAGCAUUCGCAUGAGGUGCUGAUAGAAGAGAACAACGUAAUUAACCUUGCAAUGGCCCAACAGCAGCAGGCUCUGGACGGAAUCAACGAAAAUCAGAUGAUUCCCUACAACCUGAAUAACCGUCGCAGUGCAUCUUCGCCGCAUCAGAUUGUCAGCGCAGGUAAGAACGCCCCGAUGAACAUCUACACCCCACGAAGCAGUUCGGAGCGGAUGUCCAUGGGAGGUAACGGUGGUAGUAAUAAUAACAGUAACCAGCAACCAUCCGGUGGUAACACUUUGGUACGACACCACACCAAGCAUCGGCGGUCAGUGAUCGGUUUGCUGGGGCACUAUAUGAUAGGUCCAAACAACAAUACCAAUUUGAUCAACCUGACCAACAGCAACAGUGGUACUGUUAGUAAGGAGGAAAAUCUGCACCAGAGUAAUAACAAUGGCAAGGAACCGAAGCAGCAAACGCCAAGCCAACCGUUGUAUAGUAUGAGCAGCAAAAAGUCAGCACAGCAAUCGGCUGUCAGUGCUGCGACGUCCUCUUCCAAGCGUAAGAAAACUAUCUCGCCAACGGACAACAAGAAGGGUGGUCCCCUAGGCAGCGGUGGUAGCAACAGUGGCAGUGGCAUGGAUAGCCGAUGAUAGCAUGCGAGGCACCAGCAUUGUGCCCGGUAUGUGCACUACUGCUUUUAAACUGAAUCGCUAUCUACACGACCCCCAGUUUUUUCACGAAACGCUACUAGAAAUAAGACUAGUACAUUUCAGUCGAUGCAGGGCGGGAAGGUCCAGUUAACGAAUUGUAUAGUGAUGCAACUAUAUUGUACACAGCAUAAGCCCAGGACCCUCUCUGCCGUCGGUAUCACGAUGUCGUAGUUACUUUUUGUCUCAGUGUGCAGUUGCUAUAUUUGUACGGAACUUUUAUCAUUAAUACUGAUAGUGCUGCGAACGGUAGCUAACUCAUCCGAUUCCGCGUGUGAAGUCACUGCCUUCCCUUCCCCCUUGACUAUCGGAUGUGUGCAUCCCCGUCGAAUACACAGCCAGACGAAAAAGUGAAUAGACUAUCUAAGUAAUACCAGUUAGAAAGCUAAGCUUAGCAAUUUAGAUAUCGCGGCCCAUAAGCGUGAUAGAUCGUGUGAUUAUCGUUUAGUAAUUAUCCAUGAAAGUCAUAACGUUAUGCCCACUACAUAUACAAUACAUAGACACCUUUGGAAGAUCCAGUAAUCAUCGACUGUUAUAGUUAAUAUGAACUAACAUUCUGCGUAGCGCUAGACACCUUUCCACAUCCACAUACACACACACCCAAACAGGUACAUUCGCACAUUCGGCCGUCGGUUGAUCUACCCAGUCGUGAUCGACUAAAUCGUGAAAUAUACAUAGAAGAAACAAUCUUAGAAAAAAAAAAAAAAAAACAACAAUCUUAACCAACGCAUUCAGAGUAAUCGCAGUAGGAAUUCGUUUUAGCGAAAGGUUUUUGGGUAUCGUGAUUGUUUGAACUAUUUUGUA